AUGACAACACAUAGAUUUGAUAAUUAUGACUUUGAGAAUUCUGCAGACUGGAUGAAUUUUAAGAGUAUAUAUCCAAUACAAGAACAAGGCGUAAGGGCUAAGGAGCUCAAGAUGAAAUGAUAUAAACUGAGAAUCGACCCAAAUUUCAAUAUAUUAGCACAGUCAUGUGAUUGCCUUACAAUAUUCCAAGUCAUACAAAUUUCUUUAUUUUUUCUAUCCAUUCUAGGACUGCCCUUUGGGAAUUUUGUGGGAUUUUUAUUAAUUUUCCAUUUCAUUGAGAUUUUCACCCUUCAUGGUAUCCCAAAACUACAAAUUGACUAUUUAAAAAGAGUAAUUUUUGACGACAACACUCAUUAUUUUUUAUAUUUACUUGUAUUUUGGGUUGUGAAUUAUGGGAUUUUAUGAAUAAUCCCUGCUUAUAUAGGAUCAUAUAUUUAUUUUAUCCACAUUUUGAUGGAAAAUCCUUUGGUUCCCAACUCAAUAAAGCAAAUUAUAAGACCCCAUUUUGCCAUUGAGGACAGUCUUUUUGAUUUAAAAAUUGACUACGAGGUAAAUUUAGGGUUGCAUAUCAAAUUAUCAUUUAUUUUCUGAUAGUACGACAUUUCUUAACUCCCCCCCUCCGUGAGUGAACAAAAAAAUUUUGUUCACUCACGGAGGAAGGUUAAAUUUUUUUUUUUUAAAAAAAGUUAUAUAUUAAUUUUUUAAAAAUUUUUUUUUUCGAAAUUUAAAAAAAUUCCUAAUUCGCAAAAAAUUGGAAAGCAAAUAUUAAUUUAAUUUAUAAAAUUUAUGUUUAAAAAGCAAUUCAUUUAAAAUUAAUCAGAAUUAGCUCUAGAUUUCAUUAUAUUAAUUAUCAUUUAUAUAUCAAAUUUUUUUUUUCCAUAAAAAUUUUUCUAUUAAUAAAAUUUUUGUUCACUCACGGAGGGUGGGUUUUUGGGCAAAAAAUAGGGAUUUUUCUAAUGGUUUUGUUCACUCACGGAGGGGGGGAGUAAGGAAAAUUUGUUCAAUUUUUUUUGAUAGUGAGACAUUUGACAGAAAAAAACUCUAAAUUUCGAACAAAUUGUCUUCAAUGAAAUGCACAUUAUCAAAAGUAAACGAUCAUUGGACCUACACCCAAAUUUAGGCUAUGCUUUAAUUUUUUUAUAUAUUACUCAUAAUGCUCGAUAUGUCAUUUUAUAUUGGCUUUAUCUGAAAAUGCGAUAUAUAUUGAACAGACGUAUGCAGCUGAAAUUUGCAUCAGACCAUAAUAAUUAUGGAAUUCUUUUAAAUGUUUUACCUCGGGCCUUUCAAGACUUUUUUCGAAAUUUAGGGUCAAUUUGUGACUGGCUUAUAGAAAUAUCAUCACAUAAUUAA